AUGGCCUCCCCAACUAGAUCCGACUUUCCCAAGUUUCUGGAUGGCGACGUCCUCAUCAUCAUCUCACCAUCUCAAGUCUACAAACUUCACUCGCAAGUCCUGACAACCCACUCAACUGUCUUCGCCGAGCAAAUUGCCGCGCAGCCGGCCCCUCGCCUGAAUGCACAGGCUCGCCGGGACAACGCGGCUGCGUACCGUUUUGAAUUCAAGCGGUCGUCAGAUGAAGAUCAAUCAGGGGAGUUCAUCCGGAUGGAAAUCAAUGAGGCUGGGCGGGUUGUAGGCCCUAGCAGGAAUGUUGUGAUGCCAGACCUGGAAAACGGAAAGGGGCCAGACUACAGCAACCGGGCAUGGGAUUGGCUCUUUGGAGUCUUUUACAAUCGUGAGCCUGUCUUCGAUGACAGCAAUCUCGCCACUGUCCUCUCCUGCGUCCUUUCUCUGGUUGAGUGUGCUGAAUCCAUCGGCGCCGUCGAACAUGUCCGCGAUGUGGUUGAUCUCGCUUUGAUGCGUCAAGACGAUGUCCUUUGGACUUCUAUUUUGGAGAAUCCCCACGUUUGGAUUGAGCUUGGUCGCCGCGUUCGAUCACCUGCCAUCUACCGUGAAGCAGCCAUCCAUUUGAUCGGCCAGUGGGGCACGAUCCCCGAUGAAGAGAAGGACAGAGUCAGUCAAGAUAUCCGUGAGAUCUUGGAACGCAAGGCAACUGAACUCUCGCUCAAGAAAGAAGCGCUUGAACUUCGCAUACUGGGUCAUUACCCGGAGUUCAUACGCCGCAUUGCCGCAGACAAGCCUGGACGUCCCUCAUAUUCUGGUGACAUCUAUAUGUGGAUGGCUGUUGGCUUUUUCCGGCAGUGGGUAGCACAGAAUAUCUCCGACGAUCGUACGCGCCGCGCUCCGGACGGCGGCUUGAAUUUCUACAUGUCGCUACACGCAGGAGGUCACGCUUAUCUCAACCAUAUGGACUUCCAAGAGUUUCACAAAUACUUCCCUAUGAGCAUCAAAGCCUGCCAUGUGCUUGAGGCGAACAUGGGUCUUCUCAAGGAAGACAUCAAGGCCUUCGUGGAGGAUAUCAUGAAACAACACACUCACUUGAAGAGAGAGCAACACGAGAUCCACUGGUUGACAUGUGCAACAAUCGAAAAGGAAGACAUGCCCUGGCACAUUCCAGAUACGAACACAAAACCGAACGAUGCAUUGCAAAGCAUGUACGAUGACAUUGAAGAUGAACAGGCUCUGAUGCAAGUUCGGGCCACUCUCGAAGGUGGUGGUAAACGCAGUGGACACGACGACAGUCACACUCACGCCCGACCAAAGAAACGUGCCAAGAUCCACGAACUAGACAGCGCCAGCGAGUCUGACGACGAUGGAGGAUCCUCCAACGACAUGUUCGUCAGAGAAGAUGGAUCUGAUCCGAUGGAGGAGUGA